GCUUUUUAUUUGACAAGUCCAGGUAGUCUCUCACCGUUUCAGUCCGUUUUCUUUGAUAUUUUCUUCUACCUGGGUCAUUCCUCAUGACCCAGGAGAAGGAUAUUUACAAGCCCUGCUGAGAUUCAAUCAGCAUUGAGACACUGUAUGGACAUUAUAUGAUAACAACUAUUGAGUAUAGUAAUGCACAAACUUGAUUGCAUUUUCCUGACAUUGAUUGCUGCUGAUGUGUACAGAGACAAUGGCUCAUGUGCGCUUGCUCAUAUGGGAGUACACCUGACCUUGUAACACUCCCCCCACACUGCCCUAGGCCACACCCGAAGUAAACCACAUUGACCUUUGUUAUGUUGCAGGAGGAAAACCCUCCUAUUGCACGCUUGUUAGAUGCAGAACUGUCUGCCAAUUUCAUUGGCCCCAUUUAGCCUGUCUUCCUUGCAGUAAUUUUCCUCUGUUGCUAAGUAUGUUGCUAGGGCAUGGUUGUGUUGGUAGCUCUGAGACUGCGCCUGCAGCCUAAUCUGAUUCCACUUUGAAGCUGUGUGCCAGCUAUCCAAAGGCGGGUAGAAACCAAAGGAAAACAUAUCGAGGCAUAAUAUGCUGGCAUACUGCUGUUUUAUUGUGCUGCUCACGACACACUUCUCAGUUGCCUUAAGAGGUACAAAAAGCUGAGCUCAUUUCAGGUGAACUUUUGAGGUGUUCUCAUAUCAGGGCUGUAGGACCUAGAAGACUAAAAGUGCAUACAAUCUGAUAUAAAAACCUGCCUUCAAGUAUAAUCGCUUUGUGGUUUAACUGUUGAACUUAUUUCUUCACUCUUACGUGCUGAAAACAUACCUGGAGUGUAAGACAUGAUAGUCAGGGUACACAGUGUUUUUCAAGAUGGGUGUUUGCUUGGGGACAGGGACAGCAGAUGUCCUGAGCUACAUUUAUCAACAUCCUGGGUGCCAUGCAGUCAAAAUAAAGAGACACAGUCCAGAUGCUAAGGGGGAAAAAGUCCGGAUUCAGUAAAGAGAGAACGAAUCAGAGCUUAGGGGUCAAUUCCGUCAUUUUUUAUAUUAAAAAAAAAGAGAAGAUCAAACACGUUCACACUUACAUAACCAACUCCUUAAAGCGAUGAUGCUAAGAGAGGCACAACAUUCAACAGGAGAGGGGUAAUGGAUAAGGAAUUGAGUGAUGUCAUAAUGUGCAGUCAGGCAUUAUGUGAACCAUGAGUUAUUCAGCCAUCAAACAUUAAUAAAACAUACAAUUUUGUGCAUGUACUGGAGCCUGGAUGUCUUUGUAUGUCUAUGUCAACAUGGAGAGGGUGAAUUCAACUACAUGUAUAGGGUCUGUGAAAAUCAAUAUAAACUCAAAACACUAUACACUAUUAUUCUGUCAUUCUUAUCUCAAUAUUCAGUGAGCAGUUUGCCGGUGCUACUCUCUGGUGUCAUCUUGUUGACAGCAAAAAGGCUAUUUGGCACAGAAUCCCAAAUGGAAGAAAUGUCAUAAUUCUAUUAUGUUUUUUGGCAGAAUGAAUCAUGGCGCUGAGGAAAACCUUAGUCAGCCCCUCUAAUAGAUGUGCCCCCGCACUUUGACUCUGUACCUGUAGAUAGCCUCGCUGUUUUUUUUUUAACUUAACACUUAUUUUUCUUAAAACUCCAUUGUUGGUUAAGGGCUUGCUAGUAAGCAUUUCACUGUACAUGUCUAAACCGGUUGUAUUCGGCACAUGUGACAAAUACAAUUUGAUUUGAGAUGUUUGAAUAUGCUGCUGUGUGCUUUCCACCUAGUGGGACAUCAUUUAUUCAUUCAUUUCUAAAUGAAGAGUUAGAAACACACCCAGAUCCUCUCUGCAGCAGCAUUCACGACUAGAUAAUAGAUUUUAGAUUGUAUUUCCUCUGGCACAUGCAUGUGAAGGACUGUAAAACCUGGGUUUUAUUGGAUUUAAGAAACGGUCUCAUGCCUUUGUUCCAUGUUUGAGGAAAUACAUGCAAAAUAUUUUCAAGUAAAACAAAAAUGUUUUCAAUCUGGUAGCCUAUAUUUGAUUUGAGGCUCACUGGUUUAAUAACCAAGGUCCGGUCAGUGUCUGUGCCAGGCAGGGGUGGACGUAGGCGGAGAGUCGGCCUUGUUCGUAAAUAGUUCAGUGCCAGUGUGCCACAUCAGGAUUCCUUGGACAGAAAUACCUCACCGUUACUUUUCUCACAGAUCCAAAGGGGAAAACGCAGUGACAAGCACAAUGGGACCAUUCCAGGAAUAUGAGGAAAAGAAGUCAGCAGGGAAGGAAAGACCCCGCAGCCGAAUCCCACGCUUGAUCCUUCAUCCUUUCCACCCUAAUGAGAAAGGGUCACCCUUGUCCGAAUCACCCAUUUCAGAGGAGGAGGGUAAGGACUGUGACAUUAGCUCAGACAACUCCAAACAGACCAUCAGCUUUUGCUCAGAUGACACUGGCUGCCCCAGUAGUCAGUCUGUGUCCCCCUCCAAAACCCUGUCAGGGUCAGACAACAGUCCACAUGGCUCCCCCAUGCCCACUCCCGAGUGCAAGACCAAGGUGAAGAGGGUGAGGGUGAUGGCAGAGUGGCACGCACCACCGCCGAUGCACAAGAGGGAGCAGCGAUCGUCCACAUUGCCCAGAGGUAGCGAAGCAGACUUCAGCUCCUCCAGCAGCACGGGCAGCCUAAAGAGAGGGGAGAGCCUGGCCCACAACUCCACAGGGAAGAAGAUCUCCUCACGCAGUCGUGGUGCCCACAUCAGGAGCCUCCCAAUGUUCAAGCUGUCAGGGAGCCCCUCAGGAUCCCACGAUGCAGAGCUCUAUGCCCCAUACAGGACAGUCCCCUCAUCCACCAGCAGCAACUCCAGCCCCAAAAUACCUUCCAGGAUGCCCCCUGGACGUUACCACUCCUGUGGGGACAACCAUGGGCUCAGACCCCCCAAUCCAGAGCAGUAUCUCACCCCUCUGCAGCAGAAGGAGGUGGCCAUUCGCCACCUGAGAAGCAAGCUGAGGGAAGCGGAGAACACCGUCCAUGACAGGGACUCUGAGAUCGAGGAGCUCAAGUCCCAGCUGGGCAGGAUGAGGGAGGACUGGAUCGAGGAGGAGUGCCACCGUGUAGAGGCGCAGCUGGCCCUAAAGGACGCACGCAAGGAGAUCAAGCAGCUCCGGCAGGUUGUGGAGACCAUGAAGAUCAGUCUGAUGGAGAAGGACAAGGGCAUCCAGAAGUACUUUGUCGACAUCAACAUCCAGAACCGCAAGCUGGAGUGCCUGCUGCACAGCAUGGAGAUGGCCCAGAGCGGCUCCACGCUGCAAGACGAGCCAACCAUGGACUUCAUCUGUGGUGACUCCCCUGUCAAUGAUAAGCAGGGGGAGGUGGGUGACCAGGCUGUGGAGGAGAUGGCAGACUGUGGGCUGCUGGUCAACGACAACCUGGCACACAUGCUCAUGUCCACAGAAGUGGACUCUAGCGGUAAGCUACGCUGCCACCCAGAGGCUGGUCCUGGGGUGUCCACUCUACUCUACAGUCUGGAGGAGAGAAUCGCACCACUGCCUCCACCACCCUCCAACACGUUCUGCUGCAGCAUACUCCCCUUCCCUGCUCCAGAGGAGAAGGCGGUUCAGACCGAGAUGUUGUCCUUCCCUCCUGACCUGCACGCCCUCCUGCUGCAGCUGCUGAAGUUCCAUGGUGGUGCAGUUGGAGAUGCUCUCCUUCCAGCUUCUACCAGCCUCCUACAAAUCCCAGCACAGCAGGGCCCAGACUUGGCCCCUAUCCCGUCCACCUUAAGCCUGCCUAGCUCCUGCCAGCCCAUUCCAGUUCUGCCAGUGAGCCCUUAUAUGUUAAGUAAUUCAGGGCUGUGUUGCUCAGACCCUGAAGUGGUCUCCAUGCGCUUCAUGGAGGAGCUGGAUUUUGAGGUGAGCAGUGAGGAGCCCUGCAAGGCCCUCGGGAUGGCUGUGGUCAACAAAAGCUAUUGGAGCAGCAGCUUCCUUGUUGAUCUUGUUGCUGUGGCCGUACCAGUGUUGCCCACAGUGGCCUGGCUGUAUUCCCGGCAUGGCGUGGAUGGGGCGGCGCCAGUCUACAACAUCGCAGCAUUGAUCCGCGGCUGUUGCAUCAUGGGAUUGCACUCUCUCCGUCACGUCACUCAUGGGGCAGAUGUGUAACGGUCUACGACCCCUGCGUGCACAGCCCGACCCCUCAACUUAAAGCACUUCAACAGACGUUAAUCAAAGAGUAUUUGAAUAUUUCGUUUUUCUACACUUGUGAAUAUUAAUGCUACAGUUAUUACUUUAGGUUCCCACGCGGUUACUUUGCACUGUGUGAAGUUGUUGCGGUGAGUUAAGUCAUUGUUUAUGGUGAAGGGAUUUUGUUAAUUGUAUUUAUUUUCCCUCUGUUCUCUUGUGUAUAAUCUGAGUAGGUGGUUAUGCAUCAUUGAUGUCCUGGGCUGGCACUAGUUACCCCUACUUAAAGCAACCAUGUUUUUUUUCUGAAAGUAUUAGGAUUUGUGAGGGUGGGGAUGAAAUUGAAUGAGUGUUUUGUAGUGGUUUAUGUUCCAAAAUAAUCUUAAACCUGCAGCCAAAGCUUUAUUAAUAAACGUUCACUCUUUAUUUUUCUACCUGGGAGUAGAGCGUACAUGUGUAACAAAUUGUUGAUAAGUGUCUGAGACCAACGCUUCAAAACAACAAAGACUUGUUUGUGCCUGAGCUACUGUGUGUAAUACUCUUAACAUCAAAUGUCCUAAUAUAUUUACUAUUAAAGCAUGAUAAUCCCA